ACCUUAGCCAUAUCAUCUGUAUCGUUCCUCCCUCCUUACUCUGACGAUACGCUCCUGCUUAAUCUGCAUGGCUCCUCCAUUAUUCUCCGCCCAGGUUCAUCCUAAUAGAGGGUUAGGAUUCCUCACGCUCGGGGCGUCGCUACACGCCAUUUUGACGCAUUUAAAGGCGCAACCCCGGACUUUUCCUGUAAUCGAUGUUUCCUAUUCAUCGUCUCAGCCGAUUGCGACCCCGAUCCUCCUGACCCUUCCCGCGAACGGUCUCCGCUUACGCUUCGAUGGGCCAGACCAGCGACUGCGACUGAUAGAGGUGCUGGACUUCACAAAGAGCAAGCUGAGCUACAAAAACAACGAGAUAUUCAAGCCGCCCUCUGAAGACAUAAACCUUGGUCAGCCGAAUGGUCCAAAUGGGCCAGCUUUUCGGCAUGUCUAUAAUCGGCUCUUUGGCCCUGCGUUUCCGGGAGAAUAUCUGCCUCCUGUCGAUAGUAAUGAUACAGCUUCUGGCAUCUACGUCUUGUCAUACCCCGGCAUAGCCUUCUCAUUCCCCCUGCAGGCAUCGGCUUGGUCGGCUGCCGUCGAUUUUGUCUCACUUCUAUCGUCAUCGGCCGCCUCGCCCGCCACUUCUAUGGCUAUUUUCAACGGUUCUUCGUGGCCGGAUGCGCGCACGCAUCUCUAUUCUCGGGCACCCCAGCAUCCACGAUCUCUAGCGCUUGGUGGUCGUGGCCGUGAAACGGUGCCCGAUGAGGUGGAAUUGGUCAAAGUCCAUGGCGAAGGCCGCAUUGAACUGGUUCGGAGGUCAAGCCCAUCAUUCUGGAUCAUCCUGAGCGAGACAACCCCUCAAGAUCUAGUUGCUGAGCUAGGCCCUCCCGACGCGAUAUACAGGAAGAACGAUCGGAGGUUGUCGAUUCAUCGAACUCGCAACAUAGAAGAUGGUGUGAACCGAAGAUUAAGUGGCAUGUUGAAAGGUGGUCCAGAUGACUCCACCGAUACGGACCAGUCGUCCUCACAAACAGGCACUGAUGAUUCCGACGAUGAAAAUGAUCCUGCUUCAAGCUACAAGGACCGAGAAAUUGCGUCAGCCGAGUGCUUCUAUAACUAUUUUCACCAUGGAUUCGAUAUCUUCAUUUCUAACCCGACAGCUCCGUCCCUGCCUUCACCCACAGCGACCCGCGAUCAAACCUCAACUGACAGUCGCCGCAAGAGCCCAGUGAAUGCCUCCUCAGCAACACAUCUUACUGCAACUAAGCUUCUCCUGCAUGCAAAUAUUCCAGGAUCCUAUUCUUUCAAUCGACAUCGGCGGAGUCGUUGGACGCUUGAGCAUGUUCCUACUCCUCAUUACAAAGAUCCUCUAACGUCUGAGAUGAAAUUUGAAGAUAUCUCAGGGCGGCUCAAAGAGGUUUGGAGGAGCACCUACACCAGCGAAGAAGAAGAAAAAUCUUUCCAGCGGGGAAUGGUUCUUAAUCGAGGGUGGGGCGACAGCCCUGGGAGCAGCUGCGAACUUCUCGGCGGCUGGGAAGAAAGCGUAGGUGGAAAGAGACCAGAUGCAAACGAUUCUGUGGAUCAAGACCUUGCUCUUGGGAACACCGAAUUAUUUGGGUUUCCAGGUCUUGUGUUUGAGGUCCUGAAGAACGGCGCACCUUUUUGUUUGGCCCGCAUCCUGACAGAAUGCUUCCUUUAUAGAAUGCCUAGACCAACUCAUUCUCUUCUUGCCUCAUGGUCGUCGACGCUCAGACUCCCCAAGUCAGCGUUUCCUGCUCGUCCUUCGGCCGCCGAACAGGCCGCGUAUGUCCAACGAUGUACCGAUGACCUCUAUGCAUGGCAGCGCCGCCAUCGACCAGCGGAAAAUGAAUUUAUACUUCAUGAUGGCCCCCCGUAUGCAAAUGGAAGUCUACACGUCGGCCAUGCGUUGAACAAGAUAUCCAAAGACCUGAUCAACCGAUGGGAAUUGAGCAAAGGAAAGCGUAUACGAUAUGUGCCUGGCUGGGACUGCCACGGUCUGCCAAUCGAGUUGAAGGCACUUCAGCAGCAAGAAGGCUUGGAUGGGAAAUCAGCCUCCAGCGCGCGACUGGAGCCUUCUUCCGUGAGGAAGGCUGCUCGCGAACUCGCAUCAAAGACGGUUGAGGAACAAAAGAAUGGCUUCAAAGGCUGGGGGAUCAUGGGUGACUGGAAUGGGGCAUAUCAGACCAUGAAUAAGGAGUUUGAAAUGAAGCAGUUGGGGAUUUUCAGAGAGAUGGUGGAAAAUGGAUUGGUAUAUCGAAGAUACAAGCCCGUUUACUGGUCUCCUUCCUCUGGUACUGCGCUUGCGGAAGCAGAAUUGGAAUAUUAUGAAGAUCACAAAUCAACCGCAGCUUACAUUAAAUUUCCGCUCACGAAGCUCUCUCCUACGCUUCAAGCAUGCUCUGGUGUCGACGCUGAGAACCUAAGUGCCGUCAUCUGGACGACGACACCAUGGACCCUCCCUGCGAACCGCGCUCUCGCUGUUCAUGCCGACCUCGAAUACUCAAUCAUCGAAACGUCAAGCUACGGACAGCUUUUAGUCGCUAAAACACGAUUAGAGGAUGUCUCGAAACAGUGUUUCGAAGAUGAACCAAAGAUUGUCGUUGACUCGAUUCCUGGAUCAGAGAUAGUUAAUUCUACGGAAUAUAUCAAUGUACUUCAAGGGCAGGCAGCCAAGCCUCAAAGGCUUCUCCAUGCCGAUUUUGUCUCUGCAGAUUCCGGUUCAGGAAUUGUUCACUGCGCGCCUGGUCAUGGUAUGGAGGAUUAUGAUCUUUGUCGUCGCAACGAUAUUCCGGCAUUUGCGCCCGUGGAUGACGACGGGAAAUUCACCAAGGAAGCUCUGCCGGAUGAUCCACAAAGACUGGCGGGGAUGGAGGUCUUGAAGGGAGGAAGCAAGGCUGUCCUGGACUAUUUGGCCCCCUAUGGCAAUGUCCUUUGCACUUAUUCGUACAGACACAAAUAUCCUUAUGACUGGCGCUCAAAGCUUCCGAUCAUUCUCAGGGCGACGGAACAGUGGUUUGCCGACGUUGGCGGCAUCAAGGAUGAAGCGCUUCGUGCCCUUGACUCUGUCAAGUUCAUUCCAGAGACCGGUAAGACCAGGCUGGAAAGCUUCGUCAAAGGACGGUCCGAAUGGUGCAUUUCUCGUCAACGGUCCUGGGGCGUUCCAAUCCCUGCCUUGUACCAUAGAGAAACUGGGGCUGCGAUACUCACAGACGAGACUGUGGGCCAUAUAAUGAAGGUUAUCGAGGAACGUGGUAUUGAUUCCUGGUGGACUGAUGCCGAGGAUGACCCUGUUUGGCUAGCUCCUUCUUUACGAGAGUCCUCUGGCAUCAACAUGUACAGGCGAGGGAAAGACACAAUGGACGUUUGGUUUGAUAGCGGCACAAGCUGGUCUCAAGUUGAGGAUCUUGCAAAUGCGGGGCAACCGGUCGCAGACGUUUACCUUGAAGGCACAGAUCAGCACCGUGGUUGGUUCCAAUCGAGUCUGCUGACAUUUAUUGCCCAUCAAAGAGGUAACAUAACGCAGCCCGACAGCCUCCCGAGCCCUCCGUUUCGGACGCUUGUCACCCACGGCUUUACCCUCGAUCAUGCAGGUCGAAAAAUGAGCAAGUCUCUUGGUAACGUCAUUUCGCCCGAACAAAUCACUAGUGGCACACUUCUUCCGCCAAAGAAGAAGAAAAAGGCCAAGGGCGAGGUCGCGAGCGAUAGCAAGCCCGUGUAUGAUGGAAUGGGGCCAGACGCGCUACGACUGUGGGCCGCUAGCAACGACUACACUCGUGAUGUGGUCAUUGGACAGCCUGUUCUCAAGGCUAUCAACACGAGCCUGCAAAAGUUUCGAGUCACCAUGAAGCUUUUGCUUGGCGCGCUCGAGGACUGGGACCCGCGAUUUGCCGUGCCGUAUGCGAAUCUCACCAAAAUCGACAAGAUAGCCUUGUUUCAACUAUCGGAGGUCACCAAGACCGUAUUGGAAGCGUACAACCAGUACGAGUUUUACAGAGCCAUGGUUGCAGUAAACCGAUGGGUCAAUACAGACUUGUCUGCAUUCUACAUUGAGACCGUCAAGGACCGACUAUACGUCGACCAGCCUGACGGCCUUAGUCGGCGAGCGGCCCAAACUGUCCUCUCCUACAUCUUCGAGCAUCUCCAGGCGAUACUUGCGCCGGUCACGCCACUGCUCGUCGAGGAGUCCUGGGAAUUCUCACCCGAGGCUCUCAAAGCGGCCUCCACCCCUCCAUUGCAACGCAUCUUUCCACAGACACCCGCCGAGUGGAAUGACAGCUCAUUAGCCGUUGACUACGCUUGGCUUAGCGAAGCCAAUGCAGCAAUUAAAUCCGCACAGGAGCAAGCCAGAACCGCCAAGAAAAUUGGCUCUUCGCUCCAAUCCUCCAUUGUCCUUUCUUUUCCCGACGGCUCAUCCGCUGGCCUCGAGCUCUUCAAGAGCUACGAGGACGAGCUCGAGACUUUCUUCGUCGUCUCCUCUGUCUCGUUGGAGUCCUCCUCGGAACCUACCAUUGUCAAGGAUGCUGAAUGGGUCUACUCUGCAGAGUUUAACACCUUGGAUGGAGGAAAGGGCACCGCCCAUGUCCUUCCUCCUCGGGACGCCAAGUGUUCCCGAUGCUGGAAAUACGUAGCCCCCGCUCCAGCCAAGGAGGCCGAUGACAGCCUCUGCAAGCGGUGUGAGGAUGUUGUUGCCAAACUGGAACCGGCCUUGGUGGAUAGCAGCCUCAAAGCAGAUGCCGCCGGUGCCGCCGCUUCCGCAGCUUAAGUCUCCUAGAUCUUUUAGGUCUCUUAGGUCUCUUCGAAAUCUUAGGUCUUUGGAUACCUUUUGCUUUUAUCAAUAACACGCCUACAGAGCAAAAAAGCGCUUUCUGAAAAAUACCCGUU